AUGCCCGUCUCUGCCAAGAUCUGGCGCCCUUCACCAUCGGCUGCAGAAGAUGAACACACGUUCGAGGUUGAAGGGCAGGACGCAACGCUGAAGAUCUGGGGUGAAGAUGUACUCAAGACUGUAGAAGCCGAGUUGGCACAUUUGGACGGGGAAUUGCGCCAGCUGAAUCUUGACAUACACGGGCACCCCGAACUCAAGUUCGAGGAACAUUACGCACACGAUGCCCUGACGCGCUUUAUGCGCGAACAUGGCUUCGAGGUUGAAGAGCAUUUCCAUCUCCCUACUGCAUGGCGCGCAACAUACAGUUAUGGUCAAGGUGGUCGCACACUUGGUGUCAACUCAGAGAUGGACGCCCUUCCCGGUAUAGGUCACGCCUGCGGUCAUAACCUGAUCGCAACCGCUGGCGUAGCCGUUGCUCUUGCCGCCGCAAAGGCCAUUCAAGUACACGACAUCCCGGGUAAAGUCGUUCUUCUGGGAACACCAGCCGAAGAGGGUGGCUCAGGUAAAGAGUUACUCUUGCGAGCUGGAGCUUUUGGUGGAAUGGACGUUUGCGUCAUGUGCCACCCUGCUCCAGGACCGGUGAACGGGGCCUCACUAUCAUCUUGCCUGGCAGUUGAGCGACUAGUCACGGAGUACCAUGGCGCUACGACGCACGCGGCACUUUCACCCUGGGAGGGUCGCAACGCUCAGGACGCAGCGGUCACUGCGUACACGAGCAUGUCAAUGUUGCGACAGCAAGUGAAACCUAGCCAUCGCAUACACGGGAUCAUCGAGGGCCGUGAUUGGGCGCCGAACGUCAUCCCCGACUACGCCAAGCUAACCAUCUAUUCGCGGGCACCUUCCAAGGCCGAGGUUGCCGAACUGGCACCUCGCGUCAAGUCUUGCUGUGCUGCUGGCGCCUUGGCCUCGGGAACGGAUGCCAAAUACACCUCUCCGUCACCACCCACAUUCGACCUUCGACAGAAUGCCGCGCUCGGCAACGUUUUCGCCGAUAUCUUUCGCAAGCAUUACGGGCCGAUUGAUCGAGUAUUCGGUAUCUCUAAUGCGAGUACGGACUUCGGAAAUGUCACCUACGCGCUGCCCGGCUUACAUCCCGGAUUUUCCAUCCCUACUGAGCCAUUGGGCAGUAAUCACACGGCGUCAUUCACUCGCAUGGCCGCCACGCCUGAGGCACAUGCAGCGACGAUCCGCAUCGCGGGCGCGUUGGCGGUGACCGGCGUGAGGGUGCUCAAGGACGAUGCGUUCUAUGUAGAUGUGUUGAAGACAUUCGAGGAGGACAAGAAGAAGCGCGACCUAUUGGGAUAG